UAAACUAAAAGCCUACACCACGAAAUUUCUCCCAUCGAUCUCAAUCGAAGAUAGCCCGGGUAGAAACUAAACUAUAAAUAGCAUACGGGUUGCUCAAUUUCACAAAGGGGUGAGGCACGUGUUUUAGGUCCUUUAAACCCAAGUUCAAGGAUCAUGAUCCUUCAAAUUCGCCUAUUUUUAAUGUAUUAAGCAAAGAGACCAUGGAAAUCCAUACUUGCAUGGAAGGCAACAGAAAAGACUUAAGAUCCAUACUCAAUGCUAUUAGAAUUUGACACCGUAAAAAUGACGAUAAUUUUCCUUGCACUAAAAUGAUAUCCAAAUCUACGUAAAAAACUACCCUUUUCUCUUCGGAGGUUUAAUUUUCAGAAGAAACAUGGAGGAAAUUUUUGGGGUGAUUGAUGGCAGAUUUAGAGUGUCGAUAGUAGAUUCAACCAUGAUGUCAAUUGUGCAUCGCGCAAUGGAUAAAGCCCACGGAAGAGUCAAGUCUAGAGAAGGGGUACUAGAGAGACUACAUGAGAUAUCAAAGUUUUACGAGUUGUCAGUAAUGCAGUUGGAUGGCUGUAUCAUGUUCGUUCAAGAAGAAACCGACAGUCACAAUCCAGAGAGCGGCCACGAAGAAGUGCUUGCUGGGCUGGCCGAAAUCAGAAACCGCCUCCAACGCCGCCUCUAUGAAUCAGAGCUCGCCAUCCUACAGAAGGAUAGGGAGUUGAGAGAUCGAUUUGAGAGCGAGUCGAAGUUAAGGCAGGCUUUGGAAAUUACGGAGAGAGAAUUGGUUUCUUCGCAAGAAGAUCUUGAGAUUGAAAGAACAAGGAGUGCAGGGAGUUCCAAUCUCAGCCAUCAGUCAGGCGAAGAUGACAAUAGAGAUGGAGAGUUCUGUGAGCUGAAAGAUUCGGUGGAUCGACAGGUUUGGAAGAUCAGAGAGAAACUCGAGGUUGAUGAUUAUGAGCCUGAGGAGAACAAACGGAAUCACUGUAUGAACGAUGUAAAAGUUGAAGAGGUGGGAUCUGACAUUGAUAUGUUGAAGGAAACGCUGGACAUGGCUUUUGGAAAGAUGCAGAGUGCCAUUUUCUAUUCGGAGAUGGGACCAAUAGAGCAGCAAAUAAAAUCUAGUAUUGAGAAUGACAUAAUAUCUAUAAAUCUCAGGGGAUUUGUGAGAGAUUCCCAAGAGGAUUUAGAAGCAGAAGUGAGAAGGAAAGAGAAGCAGCAAAUUUCCGUUUCGUUGAAUGAACAUUGGACAGAUUUAAUGAAUGAAGUUACAGGCUUGUGUGAGGAUCUCAAGCCUCUCAUCAUUAGGCAAAAUGAAACGCAGCCCCAAGAUGGAGAAGAAUGCGACAUUUCGGAUUUUGGGUCAAGAUCACCAAAAAGAGAGAAGAAUUCUGCAGAAUAUGGGAUAAAUAUAAAUGAAAAGGAGCUAGAAGAUGAGGGAAGCCAUGAUGUUGCUAAGAUGAUAGAGAACCACGAGUCGGUAAUUUCGGAAAAGAGUGCAGAAGCAGAAGAACAGAUUCGAUUGAGGCAAGAAAUUUUAGGCCUGUCAUCAAGGAGAGGGGGAAAUCCUGUAAGCCUGGAAAGUAGGAUACAAAGAGUACUAGAAAAACAAGAGAAUAUAAUUAUUUUGAAUGCUAAGGUUAACAAAAUUUUUGGCCAGCAUGGAGAUGUUAAUGAAGAAGACAUUCCUCUAGAGAGAAAGGAGCAAAUAUUUACAGAAACUGAUAGGCAGAAAUCAGAUGUUGAUACUUUGACAGAUGUAUGGGGCAAGAUGCAUAAACUGCAGGAUGAAGAAAUCACAGGACAAAUACGAAACCAAAUAAGCAUGUUAAUGCAAGAGAGAGAGGAGAAAGAAUUUCAAAACAUAAUGAUGGAGGAGAUUUAUAUCACUAUAUUCAAAGGUUUGAUAGAAAGGUUUGGCAAUAAUUUGAGGAGUUGGGAAUUGGAGAUCCAGAUUUCAGAUGGUAUAUGCAGAGAUUUCAUUAGGAAUAUGUUCAAUCAGCAGAAUGAGGCCAUGGAAAGUUACAAGAUUGAAGUCCACAUAAAAGAUGACAUAUAUUAUGGUAUAUGCAGAGAUUUCAUCAGGGAUGUGUUCGAUCAGCAGAAUGAGACCAUGGAAAGUUACAAGAUUGAAGCCCACAUAAAAGAUGAUAUAUAUUAUGGUAUCUGCCGAGAUUUCAUUAGGGAUGUGUUCGAUCAACAAAAUGAGACCAUAGAAAGUUACAAGGUUGAAGCUCACAUAAAAGAUGAUAUCUAUUAUGAUAUAUGCAGAGAUUUCAUUAAGAAUGUGUUCGAUCACCAAAAUGAGACCAUGGAAAAUUACAAGAUCGAUGCUCACAUAAAAGAUGAUAUUUAUUAUGGUAUAUGCAGAGAUUUCAUUAAAAAUGUGUUCGAUCAGCAGAAUGAGACCAUGGAAAGUUACAAGAUCGAAGCCCACAUAAAAGAUGAUAUGUAUUAUGGUAUAUGCAGAGAUUUCAUUAAGAAUGUGUUCGAUCAGCAGAAUGAGACCAUGGAAAGUUACAAGAUUGAUACCCACAUAAAAGAUAAUAUAUAUUAUGGUAUAUGCACAAAUUUCAUUAAGGAUGUGUUCGAUCAACAUAAUGAGACCAUGGAAAGUUACAAGAUUGAAGCCCAUGUAAAAGAUGAUAUAUAUUAUGUUGUCUUAAACGAGGCAAUGAAAGGUUAUUGCUCGACAUAUGACUUGAGAGUAGCAAGAAAAACUGAGAAUGUGAAGGAUGAAGACCUAUAUUUGGAAGGUUUGACAUCUGACAAUGACCUUUCUCAAUGUUCAGAAUGCGAAAUAAGGUCGGAAAUUUAUGGAAUCCCUUUUGCAGUAAUGCUAAACGAAUGGCAGAAAAGCAUAGGAGAACAUACAACCGAAAGCCUUCUUAAAGAAGAGGUAUCUUGGUUCGUCUUUGGUGAGACGAUCAAAAGUAUCACUUACAAAGCCAAUCAGUGUCCAGAUUCCCGAAUUACAAUUGAAGAAGAUGUCUGCUCAGUUUUCUAUAGGGAAAUGGUUAGGGAAUGGGAGGAGAAAAUAGAGGCAUGUAACUUGGAAAAUUCAAUUAGGGAAGAAAUUUGUUAUGCUGUUCUUAUUCAGGCAGAAAGAGAAGUCCGUAACAGAUAUAAAAGAGCUGAUGUCCCAAUUCAGGACAGUGAUGCUGCAGAAAAGCCACCAUCUAGGAAAAGACGAGAUAAAGGAUUUUCUAGCUUGGAAAGUUUGGUUCAAAAACUAGAUUUACUUUCAGAAGGCAUUGAUGUAGAUGAAAAUUUGGUGCUCAGUGCAAGUUUUGAGAUAAAGGAUUAUAAUAGUAAUCUGAAACUUGUGGUCUUUGAAUGUGGGUUUGAUGAAAGUAAAACUACUUUUGUAGAGUCAAAAGUCAUUGAGUGCAUUCUCGCUUCUUUGAGUAAUAAGCUGGAGAAAACUAUGGAGCAGAUUAAUAACAAUAAGUUAAUUCUGCGAAAGUUGAAAUCUAGCUUAGAAACUAUAGUUAGUCAACCAGAAAAAGAUUGUCUAAUUUCUCCUGUUCAAGAAAAUAUUCUGAGUGCCUAA